UUUAACUUUUUUUGUCAUUCGAAAAUUUUUUUGUCUCGCGGUUCUGAUCAUUUUUCGAAAUUUCGCGAAAUACCGUCGACAAACUUUUUUUCUAUAUAUUUUUCCAAAGGUAGCUGCUAAAUCUCGUAGUGAGUUGAUAAAAUGAACAGCAGCAGUAGCAAUCUACCCUUUCGACUUCCAUCUGAAACAACUCGCCGUUCUUCAAACAUGGAAUAUGUCAGAAUGAUGUUGGAAAGGCCAUUCCGCAUGAAGAUGAAGAUCACCGAAGAGCAGAAAAGUGACCUGCUGGAAGCCUUCAACCUCUUCGACUUGGACGGAGAUGGUAACGUCACUAACAGUGAGUUGCGCGUAGCCAUUCGAGCUCUGGGUUUCGAGGUGCAACCAGAGGACAUAAAAAAACUCAAGGAAGCAGCCCAAGUUUGUAUCGGAAUCAACAAAAUCUCAUUCGAUAAUUUCCUGGAUUUGAUGGAAACGAAGAUGGUACAGCGAGACGACACAGAAGAAAUUAUCAAGUACUUCAAUUUGAUCGAUACUGACGGCAAGGGAAAAAUCAAUAUUGAGAAUCUGAGGAAAGUAGCUAAAUCUUUGGGAGAGGAAGUGACUGAUGAAGUGUUACAAGAGAUGUUGUUCGAGGCUGGUUCUGAUGAGAUUUCGGUUGACGAUUUGAUCAAGUUCAUCAAAUCUAGUAUAGUGAGGUUGCAGGAAUUGUACAAUAAAAGAUGAAAACAUCA